CCUUGGUAGAAUUAUAAUUUGACAUCUUUAGAUUUCUUUUCUAGCCAUACCAAAGAAGUCAAUUAUAUAGACUGCAUACUUUGAGAUGGUGUACAUUUGGUACACAGCUGUCUUGUUUUAUUUUCUGUAACCCCUUCAUUGAUUAUUCAUGCCAUCCAAUACAAAGUAACUAUUUUGUAUCCAUUUGUGUAUCUCAUCCCAUCAUAGUUUAGAAACUGAAUGAUUCCCACUUCAUACCACCACUUGCAUACAUUUUACUUUAUGUUUAUGAACCAUUCUGUUGGUGAUUCUUUUCCCGAUACACUUUUGACCCAUUCAUGUAACAGCAUAGUUAGUCAGGUGCUAAUAUUGUGCAUCCCUUUUAAAGUGCAUAUGACUUUAAAAGGUGUAAUCCUGAACAAUUAAGUAAUUUUGAGAGAAAGAUUUGUUGGAAUGACUGGCCAUCCAAUUUUAAAGGACUUCAGUUUGUCGGGUGUGUGUUCAGAUUGCUGUAAGUUCCUAGUAUUGCUAAAAACUAGAAAUAUUAUUAGUACAUUCUACACAACUGUGAACUUGGACCUGCUAAGAAUGCAAUAAGCUCUCAAGCAUGUGCUGUGGAAGAAAGCAGUUUCUUCAAUCAAGCUUCCCCUGGGUUAUCGGGUUCCUUCCACUAAAACAAAAGGCAGGCUUAAUUGAAGCAAAUGGAGAGCUCAAGCUUUUUAUAGACCAAAAUCUUAGUCCUGGUAAAGGUGUGUUAUCAUUAGUGGCUGUUCAUCCGACAACUCUAACAAUGGGAAAACAGCUCCUGCCAAAAACACUUGGACCCUCCAACGUUAACAUUACACCGCACAUGGUCAUCAGCACCCCGCAGAGAUCCGCAGGGACGAAUGCAGUCUUGCUUGGCAGUCCUCACACACCAAAUACACAAUUCAUCACACAGAGCCAGGUGGCAGACUCAUCCCCCUGGUCCACAGGUAAGCGGAAUAAGAAAGGGGAAAAGAAUGGCAAAGGGCUGAGGCAUUUCUCCAUGAAGGUGUGCGAGAAGGUUCAAAGGAAAGGAACGACCUCUUAUAACGAGGUCGCCGAUGAACUGGUGGCAGAGUUCAGUACCCCAGAUAACCACAUUUCACCCAACGAUUCACAUGUUUACGAUCAGAAAAACAUCAGACGUCGAGUCUAUGAUGCCUUAAAUGUGCUUAUGGCAAUGAACAUUAUCUCUAAGGAGAAGAAGGAAAUCAAAUGGAUAGGACUCCCUACCAACUCAGCUCAGGAAUGUCAGAAUUUAGAGGUGGAGAGGCAAAGAAAACUUGAGAGAAUAAAGCAAAAGCAAUCCCAGCUACAGGAACUCAUUCUACAGCAAAUUGCCUUUAAAAAUCUUGUUCAGAGAAACCGUCAUCAAGAGCAGCAAACUAGUCGACCCCCGCCUUCCAGCUCUGUGAUCCACUUACCCUUUAUAAUAGUGAACACCAGCAAGAAGACAGUCAUUGACUGCAGCAUCUCAAACGACAAGUUUGAAUAUUUAUUUAACUUUGAUAACACUUUUGAAAUUCACGAUGACAUCGAGGUGUUGAAGCGAAUGGGAAUGGCCUGUGGUUUGGAGUCUGGGAAGUGCUCACCGGAGGACCUGAAGAUUGCAAGGAGCUUGAUACCCAAAGCACUGGAACCAUACCUAACAGAAAUGGCUCAUGGAUCAAUCAACAAUGUUUAUGUCCCAGGAGAGACUUCCAAUGGGGGUCGUUGUCAUACUGGGAGUGACAACGGUGCAGAAGGAACAGUGGCCUCCAGUUCUAAUGGCUCCCAUUACAGUGGCUCCAGAGUGGAGACCCCUGUGUCCUACAUGGAGGAUGAUGAUGAAGACGAGGACGACUAUGACGAGAAUGAUGACGAAGACUAACCCUCCCUGAUCUUUUGUAACUUCAGUUCAGCCAGCUUCAGGAGUAACCUUUUUGGUCUGAAUCCUUUCUCUCUUUUUAGAUUGCUUCCUGUUUGUUUGCAGGCUAGGCAAGUUGGGCCAAGAGUAUGCUACUAAUACAAAGGUAGAGAAGGACAUUGUAAUUAGGGUUCGUUGUAUGUGUGAAUGUGUGUGGGGGGUGUUUAUAAGCGUGUAAUUGUAAAAUCCUUGGCUUUUCAAAAUUUUUUUUUCUUCCUCCCAGUGUAGACCUAUAAAGGGAUUCAUUAAAAAAAAAAAAAAAAAAUCAAAUUUAUCAAGGAACAUGUGUUGCAGUCUUGGUAUAAAAUAAAGGAGAUCUUUUUGGAAGUGUGAAAUGAUUGUAGGUUCACAACCUCUCUUGACUGACCAAGGAAGAAUCUGAAAGGUGAAACCUUAACUUGAGUAUAUUCUUAAAUGAAAUAAAGGCGCUACAUUAUCGUUGUUGAUUUUGUUAGAUUGAAGUUCAUAAAGGGUGGUGUCCCUCCUUUUUGUUUAAUUGAAAAGGGCAACUCCAAUGAUGUGUGUGUGGAUUGAUUUUUUUCUCUCCCUUUUUAUUUUUGUACAAUGCUUCGAAAACUGCAGGGUUUUGUGUCGAUGGUUUAUUUUUUGUUUUGUUUACUGCCAUUGUCUAGGCAGCUAUAUUUGAAAAUUUGAUUUAUUAGAUUUAUAGAAGGUGCCUGAUUUCUUACAGGCAGACAUUGGAAACUUAUUUUAUUUUAUUGUUGUGUUUACAUGCCUACAAAGCUCCUUAACUCCAAAUGUACUGAAACAUAAGUACCUUUUUCUGUAAUCUAAUAUAAAUUUGAAAUUAAAUAGAGUGUUAACAGUU